AUGGCCUCGUCCUACGAGUCAACGCUCGAGUACAUCAUGGCGUCCGACGAGAAGGGCUACCACUUCACCAUCUUCUCGGACAUCAAGGAGCCUGCCACCGCGCAGGUCGAGAUCGCCGAGGUCUCGGUCGAGGGCAAGCCGAGCGUGCAUGCCAUGCAGAUCAGCGGUAUGAGCGAGGAGGCAGAUCCGCACCUGAAGGAAGGUGCGCCCGACCCACUGCACCGCUCCAAGGGCGAGCGUGUGCCGUUUGGGUCGAUCCUGCUUCCGCGCGGCGCGGCGACCGACGCCACGCUGGUCACCAUCGACGCGGGAUCCACCGCUGGCCUCGUUGUCUCCGUGCCGAGAAAGGUCGAUAUCUCAAACAGCACGUGA